AAUAUUUUUUCGGUGAUUAUAUUAAUCGUUCAAGAGGAGUUCCGUGUUGUCCAGCAGCAAUGGCGGUGUGUGUUGCUGUCAUUGCUAAAGAGAACUAUCCAUUGUAUAUAAAGACAAUACCAACGGAUAAUGAGCUGAAGUUUCAAUACACAGUCCACACUUCCUUAGAUGUUGUGGAAGAGAAGAUUUCUUCUGUUGGAAAAAACACCAAUGACUUGAGGGAGCUGUAUUUAGGACUUCUUUAUCCUACUGAAGAUUACAAAGUAUAUGGUUAUGUUACCAACACAAAGGUGAAGUUUGUCAUUGUGGUGGAGUCUUCCAAUACCAGCCUAAGAGACAAUGAGAUACGAGGGAUGUUCCGCAAACUCCACAAUGGCUAUGUUGACAUGCUUUGUAAUCCGUUCUACACUCCAGGAGAGAACAUUUCCUCCAGGCUGUUUGACAAUACAGUACUAUCUAUGAUGCAACAGGAUUGAGGUGAAGCUGUUAGGGAUAUUAAAUGUCACACACAAUAUGAAUGAGAGAAGAAGAUAAAUGUUAUUUAAUGAUGUAGAGAAAGUAGAAAGGGAGACUGAAAAUACAAGAAUAUGAGAGAGAGAAAGGGGAGAUAAUUUGGAAUGUGUAUGAGAGAGAGAGAGAUAUAUAUAUAUACAAGGAUGGACAGAAGAGGAGAUACAGAAAUUGUGCUAAAUAAAUGAGGAAAGACAGAAGAAGAGACAGAAGGAAUAAAAUUUUAUGUCAAACAAACAUGAAACAGAGUACAGAAGAGACACAAGAGGAUGAAAACAGAUGGAGAAGGAAAUAUGUGAAAGUCCAAUAAGGGUGAUUACAGUAAAAUAUAUAUACUAUAGGAGGACUCCAGAAAUAAAGAAAAUUAUAUGCAUGGUAGGUUUUAGAGAAAACCUGGAUUAUCAUAUGGUACUAUUUUAAUUAAAUCACCUCUUUUUCUGUUCUUUUUUUGUUAAACCUGGAUUCCUCUCGUUAUUUAGGUAUUUUGCUGGAUUAUAGCCCUAAGAACUUGCGUUUUAUUUGAUGAGUUUUAAUCAUCAAUAUAACUUUCAUUCCAAUAGUAAUACAAUUCAUGUAAUUUUAUAUAAUUAGGUGGUGAUAAUACUGGUCUUAGAUAUAUGAGAUGGAUUUCAAUGUCAUUAGUAAUAAUAAUUUUAAAGAAUUGGAUUAUUUUGCGAACAGUUCUUUUAAAGAAUUGGACUAUGAUAUUGUUGGGAAGAGCCUUUAAUAGAAUGAGCUCGGAUUUCUUCAGGAACAGCCAUCAUUGAGAUGAAUUAUAUAUUGGCUUAAAAUGAAACUUUUCUGUUUGAAUGUCUGCUUGAAUUACAUGUGAAUAUAUCUGCUGUCAAAACUGAGAUCAUGACCUGUACCACGCAUGUUUGGACUAAAUUAUUUGGUUCAGUCAGAAACAAUUCAAAUUUCAUAGAAGAUCAAUUGCAGUAAUUCAGUAAACAGAACAGUACUUUGCCUGACUCUCUAGUGUCUAAUAUUUUAAAGACCAUUGUGUAUUAUUUGUAUUUCUAUGAUUAAUAUUACAUUUAGUGAAAUGUUGAAAUAAUUUGUGCAAUAUUAAAAUACCUUGACGAUUUUCA